UUCCAACAAGGCUAACCGCAACUUAAGUGUAUGGGAAUUGUGUACAGUUAGCACUGAUUAUUUCUAUUUUUUCGGAAAGCUCUUGCCAAACUCUGAAUUUUAGGCAGAGAGUCUCUUCCAAAGAGACCUGGAAAACACGUGCGUGCUGGAGAUAAGUAGAAAUCGAGGCUCUCAUGACAUAUUUUGUCGUGAAGAUGACAGAGACGAAAACCCUCACUGAAAGCAGUGCUACAAUUUCUAAUACAUCUGAUUUUCGUGAUUCCGAUGCAACUCCUGAUAAUCUCGGUGUCAAUGCCUCGGCGGAACUUCAAGAUGACAUGGAUGUUGAAUCCAGUCCUAUGUAUGACCAUAUCGACUUGGAGGCGUUGUUUGAUAUAUCCGAAGGACGCAUGGUUUGGCCAUUUAAUGAAGUUAAUGCGGAAAUUGAAUAUAGGUAUGAUACUGGGGCAAUCGAAGAUGCUCUACUAAAUGGCGACGAUGCAUGUUUGAUGUUUGCAAUUCAGCAGUCCACAUUGUUGGACAGUGGUGGCAACAGUUGCAAUGGAAUCACGGAUGAAGUGGAUGGCUUUGAUCCUUAUUUACUCUUUACAAGCUUUCCAGAAGUUCCCGAGACGGGCCCAUCUUUCAAGCCUUUCUUAUUUCCAAGCCAUUCACAGAAAAGACUUCCCAUCACUCUGGUUCUAGAUUUGGAUGAAACUCUGGUGCAUUCUACAUUGGAUUACUGUGAAAAUGCCGACUUCACUUUCCAAGUCUGCUUUGGCAAUGAAGUGCAGACGGUGUACGUUCGCCAGAGACCGUACCUUCACAUGUUCUUGGAAGCAGUUGCAGGGAUGUUUGAGAUUAUUGUAUUUACGGCCAGUCAAAGCAUUUAUGCGGAGCAGUUGCUGGAUAUUCUGGAUCCUGAACGUCGGCUUAUUUGUGACCGUGCUUACCGGGACUCAUGUGUGUUUUCAGAGAGUGGGUAUACAAAGGACCUUACGAUCCUAGGCCGUGAUCUUGCGAAAGUUGCCAUCGUGGACAACUCUCCUCAGGUGUACCAGUUACAAGUCGAUAAUGGGAUACCUAUUCAGAGUUGGUUUGGCGAUCCUUCAGACAGUGCAUUGGUUUCAUUGCUUCCUUUCUUAGAGACGCUUGCAGGAGCCGACGAUGUCCGUCCGAUCAUCGCGAAGAAAUUUAGUUGUCAAGAUUGAUGGGGGUGAUCGUGGGUGUUCAUCGAUUAAUUCCUAUCUCAGUUAUUUAAGCCCCCAUAAUUAGAGAAAAUAAGGCCAGUUGUCCCAUCGUUUGAAAAUCAAGCCAUCAUUCAAUCAUCAUUGUAUUAGAUUUUAUAGUAUUUUAGAAAAAUGACAGCAAAAUAUCAUUCUCCUUAGAAAAAUCUCAAGAAAAGUCCUCAUCUGUA